CACCUCUCUCUCUCUCAUCCCCCAAAUUCGCAGAGAGGAGCGAGCUCGAGCUCGAAGCCCUAGCCGAGAUCUCGCCAUGGCCGACCUCAACGAAGACGACGACAACGAAUCCCUCUCUCAAAUCCUCGCCGAGCUCGAAUCCCUCUCCCUCUCCUCAAACCCUAACCCUAACUCCCCUCCUCCUCCUCCUCUCACCGAGCCCGCUCUCCGCUCUCUCCUCUCCCUCUCCUCCUCCGGCGACGCCGUCAGCCUCCUCUUCCUCCGCCUCGGCGAGCUCAACCUCCAGAUCUCCUGCCUUCUCUCUCCUCUCUCGUCGUCGAUGGACUCCUCUUCGUCUUCCCUCUCUCUCCUCGCCUCGAGAGCUUACCUCUCCCUCCUCCUCUCUCCAUCGGCUCCGUUAUUCUCUCUCUUCACUCCGCUAGCGUUUCUCUCUCUCCUCAGUUCGGUUCGCCGGUCGAUGAAAUCUCAGCCGCAGGCGGCUGCUACGCCGCCAGUUUCAAACCCUAAGGGGCACCCAAAGGGUCGGCGGAAGAGGAAAGAAUUGGAUCGAGAUGAUUGGAGAUUUGAGAGAGGAGGGGCGAAUCUGGUUGAAUCGGUGCUUGAGCUUCUUGAAUUGGCUCUUGGAAAGGUUCCGCUUGAUGCGGCUCAUGAUGCUCGGAAAUCUUUGGUGGAAACCAUUGUUAGUGUUCUUGAGUUAUCAGGCAGUAAUCGGAUUUCUGAUCUGUGUUUUAAGAUUCUCUACGGAGUAGUAUCAAGGCCUGAGCAUGGUGAUCAGGUGAACUCUGCUGUUGAGGUGCUGAAAAAUUUGACACCUUUGAUUCUCUUACAGGUGAAAUCACCUUUAAGGACUUCAGUUUUAGGAUUUGUUACUGGAAAAAUUGUGCCAUUGGGUAGGGAGAAUGAGAAGGUGAGAAAAGCUUUGGUUUAUAUGCCGAGAUUUCUUGCGUGUAAGGCACCAGAAAAAUCAGAGCCCAGGGCAGCAGCAAUCGAGUCGAUACUGGAGAUAGUGAAGGUGAUGGAAGAGGAGGAUCAAAUUGGGUUUGUGGAUUAUGUAGUGAAAAUGAAUGAAGGGAAGACAAAUCUCAGAUUACUGGCUGUUGACUUAAUCUUAGGGUUUUUCACUUCAUUUGCUGAUCUUUUCAGACUGACGGAUAUGGAACAAGAGAGUGAAGAGUGUCCAGCGCUGAAGUGUUUGAAAGCAUUGAUACAUCGCUGCGAUGAUUCAAUGGGAGGAAUUAGAGCUAGAGCUUUGACAAAUCUGGCACAUGCCAUUGAUAUUUUAUUGAGGGAUGCAAACAAUUGUGAAGAGCUUCAAGAUGUUGUAUCUGCAGGACAUCUUGGAUUCAAGAAGCUUUUGAGGGAGAGAUGUGGGGAUGAGAAGGCUGCUGUGAGGAAAGGAGCACUUCUUCUGAUUACAAAGUCGAUCUCUCUUAUUGGUAGGCCUAUUGAUCAGGUGAUCCUCAGGACGAUGGCUGCCGCUUGCUCUGAUUCUCUUGUGAGCAUCCGGAAAGCUGCUCUCAUGGCUCUCUCGGAGGUCUACAGAAGAUUUCCUGAUGAUAGAGUUAUUAGUGAAUGGCUUCAUGCUGUACCUCCAUUAAUUGCAGACAAUGAAACAAGCAUACAGGAUGAAUGUGAGAGCUUGUUCCUUGAGUUGGUAUUGGAUAGGAUAUGUGAAGCAUCGAAAGUGAGCUUGAGUACUGAUACAGUGGAUUUGGAUUCGGUUUUCCCUGAAGGGAUAUUAUACUUGUUGAAAGAGAUAUGUGAUGGGGAGGUUGCACCUUGUGUAAAGAAGAUAUGUGCUAACCUUGGAAAGAAGAAGAAGCUGAAGGCCUCUAUUGUAGUUUCUCUUCAAAACAUCAUAUCGACUUCAGAAACCUUGUGGUUGAGAAGUUCCAUGCCUAUAGAGAAGUGGGUAGCUCCUCCGGGUGCUUGGCAGCUUCUUUCUGAAGUCUCAUUGUUCACACCCAAGUCAGUUGACUGGAAGUUCCUUCAUCACCAUUGGAAACUCCUUGACCAGGCCAACCCAGAAGAGAUAAAGGAAGACUUUGAUGGACAAGAAGCCGACUCAUUUUCAUGGGCAGGUGAUCGUGUUUUUCUCCUGCAAACAAUUGCCAAUGUAUCUGUCGAGUUACCUCCUGUGCCUGCUUCAGAAUUAGCAACUAACUUGCUGUCACGAGUGGAAAAUUUUAAUAUGAACUUAAAUGAGGUUGAUGCUCAUGUGAAGGCUCUCAAAAUUCUAUGCAAACGCAAGGCUGUCUCUUCUGAGGAGGGACAUACUCUUGUGCUGACAUGGGUGAAUCAGUUGCUCACUAAAGCUUUUAAGAUUCUUGACAAGUAUGUAACAGAUAUACCGGAAUCUGUCAAAGCCAGUACUUUUUUAACACCUCCAAGUGGAAGGAGAAAGGGGAAGAAAGAGGCUUCAGCAUCAAAGUCCAUGCUAAAAGCUGUUACUGCUGUCUUCACUAUUGGGUCUCUGAUUCUGAUAUGUCCAUCCGCUGAUUUGCAGGGUAUAACUCCCUUGUUACACACAAUUAUAACGUCUGGAAAUUCUGAACUGAAACCCAAACAGCUUGCGGACUUUAAGGUUUCAGUAAAAGAGAUCUCCCCUUCCUUAUAUAUUCAAUCUUGGGUCACAAUGGGAAAAGUCUGUCUUAUAGAUGAUAAACUAGCAAAGCGUUACAUUCCUCUGUUUGUGCAGGAACUUGAGAAGAGUGAUUGUGCAGCCCUACGGAAUAACAUCAUGGUCAUGAUGGCAGAUUUCUGCGUUCGCUACACAGCUUUAGUUGAUUGUUAUAUAUCAAGAAUAACCAUUGCAUUACGUGAUCCCUGUGAAGUUGUAAGAAGGCAGACAUUCGUCCUACUUUCGAGACUAUUACAGAGAGACUACGUGAAGUGGAGAGGUGUACUUUUUCUUCGAUUUCUCUUAUCUUUGGUCGAUGAAUGUGAAAAUAUUAGGCAUCUGGCUGAUUUCCUCUUUGGGAGCAUUCUAAAAGUCAAGGCACCUCUUCUUGCAUACAACAGUUUCAUAGAAGCCAUUUUUGUUCUGAAUGAUUGCAAUGCCCAUUCUGGACAAAGUGAGACUCAAGGAAGUUUGCCAAAUGGGGCUCGGCGUUUCUCAAUAAGAGGCAAUGAUGAGAAAUCAAGAAGCCAACGAAUGCAUAUCUAUGUUUCUCUAUUAAAGCAAAUGGCACCGGAGCAUCUUCUGGCUACUUCAGCUAAGUUAUGUGCAGAGGUUUUAGCAGCUGCUUCUGAUGGGUUGCUUAGCAUUGACGAUGCUGCUGGGCAGUCUGUAUUGAAGGACGCCCUGCAAAUUCUAUCUUGCAAAGAGAUGAAAAUCCACCAGUCCCGAACCAGUGACUCCCACGAGAUGGACGACGAACCCGGAGACAGCACCGGAGCUCUUCAAGCCGCAAGAGGCAGAGUAGUCACCCACGUCGCCAAGAAAAACCUAAUCCAAAACGCCGUCCCAAUAUUCAUCGAACUAAAACGCUUACUCGAGAGCAAGAACAGCCCUCUCAUCGGCAGCCUCAUGGACUGCCUCCGCUCCCUCCUCAAAGACUACAAGAACGAGUUCGAAGAAAUACUCGUCGCUGAUAAGCAACUCCAAAAGGAGCUUAUGUAUGAUAUGAAGAAAUAUGAGAAUGCUAAAGCCAAGUCUACAUACGACAAAGUUAUUGCCUCUGCUCAUAAAUCGAGGUCGGUGUUGAAGGAGGUGAAUAAUGGGGGUGAGUUGAGAACGCCGCCGUUGGGUUCGAUGAGCGUGCCGAAGCUGAAGUCGGCGACUAGGGAUCGGACUGUGGCGGGGGUUUUGGAAUCGGUGAGGAGGAGAGAGACUUUCGAGUUCGAUGAUGAGAAUUGAUGUGAAUGUAUGUAGAACAUGCUGUAUGUAUAUAGUUGAGGUUACCGGCAGUGGGGGUAUUUCAUUGAUUCCACUUACUCUUGUUGUAUCAGUUCUCUGCAUUCUGGCUGUAGCAUGUGUGUUGGUGGUAUGCUAGAUGAGAGUGCACCUUAGAAGCAUUUUACUCAUUGUGCAGUCAUUUAAUUGUAUUUGUUCUGACUUUUA